AUGGAAAGUCAAAGGAAAGUCAUGGCAGAUUUCUGCAACCCAAACCCAUGUGAACAUGGUGGAACCUGCAUGGAGUCCAUCUGGAUCAACGAGCCGCACCAGGUCACGUGUAUCUGUCCCCCGGGAUAUGAUGGCCAUCUUUGUCAGUAUGAAGUGGAGGACACCUGUACACUGCCCAUCUCUACUGGUGGCUGCAGUGCCAGAGAGACUCGCUGGUACUUCGACUACCGACAACAGAAGUGUCUGGAGUUCAUCUACACUGGUUGUGGCGGCAACAGUAACAACUUCGCCAACAUCAACUCCUGCCAGGCGCGUUGCCUCAUUGGUGCAUGCUGCUACCGUGAACCCCUCUUUCCAGAGAGGAUCAUCGGCUACGACAGACAGGGAUAUGACAGAUAUGGCUUCAACAUUGAGGGACUUGACCGAAGUGGGCGCCGACGGACAGUCAACAAUGGCAUUUUCACAGCCCGUGAAAGAUAUGACACUGAGGGUUUUGACUUCCAAGGCUAUGAUCUCUAUGGAUAUGACGAUGAGGGCUAUGACCGCCAAGGGUAUGACAAGGAUGGAUUUGACAGGGAGGACUUCAACAGGACAGGGUACAGCCGCAUCGGCGAGUACGACGGUAUCAUUGACUACAACAUGGAUGGUUACGACCCGGAAGGAUUUAACAGAGCUGGCUACAACUGUCAUGGCUUUAACCGAGAGGGCCUGGACAUCUACGGUGUGUCUGCUGGAUUCAUGUACAGCUGUCGGUCAAUGACGCUUCAGAAGUGUCAGCAACGGAGGCCCGCAAAUGUUCAGGUGGUGCAGUUCACGCCAGGUAAACGCUGUGAGGAGGUGACCUGUGGGGAGACCUGCGGAUGUAUGUACAACAACCAGACCUACAAGCCAGGAGACAUGUUCCGGUCCGGCUGUCAGACGUGUUCCUGCACGGAGAAGGGAGUGGUGGUCUGCGUGUGCGACACCCCUGUGAGGAGGAAGGAGGUGAGGGAACUGACCCGAGAGGAGCGGGAGAGAUACCAGCUGGCCAUCCGGAAACUGAUGGUUCAGACUGGUCGUCCAUCCAAGUGGCUCCGUCUAGCCCAGAUGUAUGCUUCACAUCUACCGCAAGCUGUGGGCAAUGAUGCCUUCCUUCCGUGGCACCGCUACUAUCUGUGGCAUGUAGAGCAGUCCUUGCAGGACAUUGACUGCAGGAUAGCCAUACCGUACUACGACUGGACAAUAGAUGCUGGAAAACCUGAGAGAUCACUCAUCUGGGGCGCUAACAUGUUUGGCGGUAAUGGCAUGAAUGCUUCCGACUGUGUCACAUAUCAUCCUUUCAAGAACUACUUUCCUCCUUACUGGUCUCCAUGUCUCAGACGUAGAUUCGACACAUCCAUCAACUUGCCAGACCUUGUCAACGUCCAGCUGGCACUACGGGAACCAUCCUUCCAGAAGUUCCGGCUUCGGAUGGAGGUGUACACCAAACUAUUCCAGACGUUUGUUGGAGGUCACAUGAGCACGGCCAUGAGUGCCUAUGAUCCAGUCUUCCUGUCUCUCGUGGCCUUCAUCGACACUUUGUGGGACACAUGGCAGCAAACACACAGCGAUGGUUUACUCCGAUACCCUCAAGGUCGUCGGUACCUUCCCAUGAUUCCCUUCAAGGUCACCCCAGACAAUGUGAUGGACCUCCGCAUUCAGAUGUGUGUUGAAUACCUCCCCCUCACACAAGGGGCUCCAUGUAAUGAGACGGAAGUGCGUAACUAUGGAUAUGAUGUAAAUGGAUUUGAUCGCCAUGGCUACAGCAGAGCAGGAUAUGACGUAGAUGGUUACGAUGUACAUGGUGUUAGUAUAGACGGUAAUCUUGAUGAUCGAGGGAUAUAUGAUAUUCGUGGUUAUAACAGACGUGGAUAUGGUCGCUCGGGGUAUGAUAUGUCUGGCCUGGAUGAGUUCGGUUUCUAUGUUGACACAUACAACAUGGAUGGCUUUGAUGCGCUUGGAUAUGACCGAUCAGGGUAUGACAGAUAUGGUUUUAACAGAAGUGGAUUAACGCCAUUUGGCUUCCACAAAAAUGCCUCCUACCUGGGCAUGCAGGAGAUCAAUAUGGAUGCAUUUGACUCCUAUGGCUUCAACAAAUAUGGGUACGACAAGUACGGCUUUGAUCGCGAAGGAUAUGACCGUUUUGGAUUCGAUUCAAAGGGCUAUGACCGUCGGAUAUGCAACUUCUACAAUCUGGGUCCUCUGGGCAUUGUGGUCAGCCAUUAUGUCAGGAAUAAGUUGAACAAAUUCGACAACGAGACCCUCCGGGACAUCAAGCGUAUAUGCCCACCAGUGACUUCACUACCAGACUGGCAGGUGACUAACAAUUGGCUAGAUCGAGGAGACCAGGUUCAGCUGAUUGAGACGAUAGAGAGAUCGGAUGCUCGCUCCCAGGAGCCUGGUGUUAUAGUCAGGAACUACACUGUGGAUAAGGACUUGAUAUGGGUGCCAUUGCCACCUGAUGAACAGUGA